GUCUGGACGCCAUUAGAAAAAGCAGAGAUGGCCAUCAGGUAUCCUAUGGCGGUGGGCCUUAAUAAAGGCCACCCGGUAACCAAAAAUGUGACUGCUCCCAAGCACAGUCGCAGGAGAGGGCGUCUGACCAAACACUCUAAGUUUGUCCGUGACAUGAUCCGUGAGGUGUGCGGCUUUGCCCCCUACGAGAGGAGAGCUAUGGAGUUGCUCAAAGUGUCCAAGGACAAGCGUGCUCUGAAGUUCAUCAAAAAGAGGGUGGGAACUCACAUCCGUGCCAAGAGAAAGAGGGAAGAACUCAGCAACAUCCUGGCAGCCAUGAGAAAGGCAGCUGCCAAGAAGGAGUAAACUGUAAUGUUGAGCUAAUAAAUUUGUAUCUGUAAAAUACA